CGGUCCCGGCGGCGCGGGGGGCCUGGCCGGGGCUGGGGGAGCGGCGGCAGGACGCCGCGUCUUGCACUCACGUGACGCGCGGCGAGGUUGGGGUGGGGGCUGCGAGCCGGGUGGGCCCGGGGCCCCGACGGCGAGGCGAGUUGUCCCGGCGCCUCCCGCGCGCCGGCCUGCCCGUCCCUGCGCAGGACCCUGUCUCGGGGGAGCCGGGCCCGCCGCGCCGCCUCCCCGGCCGCCUGGUUCUCCGCGCGGCGCGCCCGUCCGCUCGGGCUGACCGGAGUCGUCUCCUCCGCAGGGCCGCGGCGAGAGCGUGAGAGUCCGCGCCCUCCGAGGGAGCCGCGCCCUGCGGGGCCACCGCGCCCGCGAGGAUGGAGAGCCGCCCCCGAGGGCCCCGCACGGCCCGCCGACCCCGGCUGGCCGGCCCUCUCUAGCUGCCCGCAUUCUGCGUUUCAUCACCGCCUAGGCCUGGUCUCCUGAGUAAGUGGCGUUGUGGUUCGACAGAAAUGGAAGAAAAGGAGCGAUGUGACCGAUUCCGUUCGGUCCUCCUGCCUUGAGGCCUGGUUGGCAUUUGCAGAGAGGAAAAUACAACCAGAAAACCGUGUUUUGGGGGAAGGGAGAAGGUAAACAAGGUCUUAGGUUUUAUGUGAUUUUUAAAAAUUCUGCACUUUGACAGUGGUGACGAAAUACACUAAUCCCAAAGUUAUUUUUCUAUUGAGAAGAGAGAAGAGGUGGAUUUUUUCCCCCUUUUGGUUCCAACCUUUUCUCCCCGUGACAAAGCAUAAAUCAUGGACACUAGAAAAUAAGGUGGACCUCAGGAAUCCUGAAAAGACCGAGAAGCUUACAUUCUUCCUCAGGAGGGGAGGGUGGGGUGUUUUUUAGCCCUCUCUGGAACCUAAAACGAAAAACAUGAGUUGCGUGCCAUGGAAAGGAGACAAGGCCAAAUCUGAAUCCUUGGAGCUGCCCCAGGCGGCACCCCCCCGAAUCUACCAUGAGAAACAGCGCAGGGAGCUUUGUGCCCUGCAUGCCCUCAAUAACGUCUUCCAGGACGGCAAUGCCUUCACCCGGGAAACGCUGCAGGAGAUUUUCCAGAGGUUGUCUCCAAACACCAUGGUGACCCCCCACAAGAAGAGCAUGCUGGGAAAUGGGAACUACGACGUAAACGUCAUUAUGGCAGCACUUCAAACCAAAGGCUAUGAAGCUGUUUGGUGGGACAAACGCAGGGAUGUCAGUGCCAUUGCUCUCACUAACGUCAUGGGCUUCAUCAUGAAUCUGCCCUCCAGCCUGUGCUGGGGUCCUCUGAAGUUGCCUCUCAAAAGGCAGCACUGGAUCUGUGUUCGAGAGGUGGGAGGUGCCUACUACAACCUCGACUCCAAACUGAAGAUGCCCGAGUGGAUUGGAGGCGAGAGCGAGCUCAGGAAAUUUCUAAAACAUCAUUUGCGAGGAAAGAACUGUGAACUCCUCCUGGUGGUAACAGAAGAGGUGGAGGCCCAUCAGAGUUGGAGGACUGACGUGUAACGCAGUUCUGCCCAACCCUCCCUCCCCUCAGCCCGCCAGGUCCCCCGUGGUGUGCUGUGGCCUGUACAGUGGCUCUGUCCUUGCCGCUUCCCCAAACAUCUCAUCGGGUUUUUCCCCUCAGAUUUGACCGUGCAAUAGGACAGAUAUGUGACUGUUAGAAGAACCAACCAGCAUAAUUCAUUCCUGGGAAAGGAAGGUAGGAGCUCUGUGCACUUAGGGCAAGCAGUGGAAGACCCUUGUUUCAUUUGAGAGAGGAAAAAGAAAGGUGGGUCCUAGCAUAUUUUCCCCUUUCCUGUGAGGACUUGACAGAGGCUCUGCUGGAGUUCACUGCUGCUCUGACUCACCCGGAGAUGCUGCCUCCACUUCCCUUUUCCUGGCAACCAGUGGGUCUGAAGAACCGUACAUGCAAAGCCCAUGUGACUAGCUUGAAGGACCCAGAGCAAAAGGGCCUCUCAGGAAACCAUCUCUAAAACCCCAGCAGCGGUACAGCGUGCCAUCUCCAACCCUUAAUGCCACCCCUACCCCAUUUUUAAGGGUGGUUUAUGGCCAUCCUUGGAGUUUUAUAAUGAAAAGUUCUCUAAUAUUCCACAACAGGUGGUUGAAUCCUGCAAUAUUCUAGCAUGACAGGGUGAGCUAGAUACCUAAGAGGACUUGGCCAAAGCCAGACCGGGGCAGGCACGGCCGGCCUGUCUGCCUCACUCCAGCGUUGUCCCUGCCACUUCACUACGUUGAUUUAGGAGGCUCUGGGGCAUAAGACAGGCAAAAGGGGUUUUCCCUGUUGACCCUCUCUGGCAAAAUCAGGAAAUAAGUCUGCCGUCGACAUCAAAUUCCACUAGUUUGAGAGAGUUGGGUGAGGAAACUAUUGUGAAGAUAAGCUUCUCAGAGAUUAAGAACAGCCUGCAUUGAUAGAAGUCCUAGGCUCAGAGUCACUAUAGUGACAAGAAGCAGAGCCCUCCAGUUGGGUGGUUAUGUGCAUUAUGUUACAGGACCUGGGUUUGUCAUCUUUCUGUAGAUUCCUUUACAAAUGGACUGAGAAUUGACCCGCCCCUACCUCUUUAGAUAGUUGUUAGGCCACUUUUCUCUCGUGACUUUGGAAAACAAAAGAGAAGGAGGGGGAGUAGGUAUCAUACCACACUGUGUGUCACCAAAAUGGUUGUGGUUGCCUCAAGGCGGGUGGGCAGGCAGAGAUGGCCUGUCCAGCGCUUACACAUCAAUGGCCUUGGCAGGUCUGAGAGCUGCCCCACUGGCCAGACUUCUCUCCAGCAGCGGAGCCAGCCUGGGGCUUGCAUGUCAAACCUGAGCAGGCUUCACAGGAUGCAGCUGAGGCUUCCUCCCCACUGUGACUGGAGUGCAUGUUUACACCAGCACUUUUUCUGCACAUGUAUCUUCAAUCCAAGGCCGUUUUUUGUGCUGAGUAACAGAGGCCACCAAGCGGCUACUGCAUUACACCCUCUCGGCAGCUGGCCGCAGUCUCUUCUGCACCAUUUUCUACACACCUGCUUGGCACCACAGGGAGCUCUUUACCCCUGCACAAUGACAUUCCAGCCACCACCAGCCAGAAGUUACAGCCAACCUUGCUGACUGUCACAAGCAGGACCUUGGGUCCAUUGGCACUGUCAGUGAUAGUAAGCCAUUUCCCGGGAAGAGGAGGAAACUCCUCCCCACCAGUCUGCUUGGGCCUGUGCAAAUGGCACUUCAGAGGAGUCCCCAUGCACUGGGAGUCCAUGAGCCAAUGGGAUAUGCAAAGACAUUUCAGGGCUGGUUUCUCUGUUCAUAUCCAAUUCCGGUGCUUAGGAACAGGGACCCAUGCUGAUGCCCAAGGGCAAAAAGCCCCACUUCCUUUAAGGAAGGGGGCAGGCCUGACCCUGAUGCCCAGUAAGGGGCAACCCUAGGCUUUUUGUUUUUCUUGCUUAUAUUCCCGUUUUUGUUGGCCUUGUGCUGGGUUUGUUUACAAAAGAUGUAUUUUGUUUAACCAAAUAUUAAAAAUGGAAAACUGUACAUAAA